AUGGUACAUGGAUGUACUCCGAGGUGGGAAGUUCAAACUCCUCAGAUUGAAGCUCAAUUGUCCGAGAUCACAAAAGUAGUAAUGAUGCUGGCCAAAGAAAAAGGUGUGCAACCCACACCCCGCCUAUGCGGUAUUUGCACUCAAGUGGGGCAUCCAACCAAUAUGUGCCCACAACUUCAAGAGGAAGAUUAUGAAGAAGAAAAAGUCAUGGGAGGCUAUUCCGGGUCAGAUCAGAGAGGUUAUGAGCAACCACGAGGUGAUCAGAGAUGGAACAAUAAUCAGGAUUGGGGAGGAAAUCAACAACCAAGGCAUCCACAACAACCACCUCCACAAGUAGGUUCUUCAAGCAUGUCACUAGAAGAUAUUGUCAAAAGCCUUGCUACAAGCACUCAAAGCUUCCAACAAGAAACCAAGGCAAGCAUAGAAAUCUUGGAGCAACAAGUGUCACAACUUGCUCAAUCCGUAAGUAAGAUGGAAUCACAAGGCAAGCUACCAUCUCAAACGGAGAAGAACCCGAAACACAAUGCUUGUGCCAUUACUUUAAGAGGUAGGAAAAGCUAUGAAGGUCCAAGGAUGCCAGAUGAAGAAGAGGAAGAUAAAGAGAUAGAGGUGGAAGAAGCUAUCAAAGAAGAGGAGGAGGAGCCCAUAGAGACCAAAGUGAAAGUCACACCAGCUCCAUUUCCUUCAAGGUUGGCCAGCACCAAAAGAGAACGGGAAGAUGAUGAAAUCAUGGCCAUGUUUCGAAAGGUUGAAAUCAAUAUCCCUCUUUUAGAUGCUAUUACACAGAUUCCAAGAUAUGCUAAGUUCCUCAAGGAACUUUUCCCAUCUAAGAAAAAGCUUAAAGGAAAUCAAACUGUGAAAGUUGGUGAAAAUGUUUCAGCUGUGUUACAAAAACGACUACCAAAAAAAUGCAAGGACCCGAGUGUUUUCACGGUUCCUUGUAAAAUGGGUAACAUUUUUGUACCACGUGCCAUGCUUGAUCUUGGAGCAUCAAUUAAUUUUUUACCCUAUUCAAGUUAUAAGACAAUGGGAAUUGGACCUUUAUAA